ACCAUGGCUCAGGCUCCGCCCACCUCGGGCCUCCACCAACUGAGCACUGUCCUCAAGCGCCUCGAGGCCGUCACCUCGCGCCUCGAGGAUGUCGCAAUGUCCCAGCAGAGCGUCGGCACCCUCCGGUCGCCGACGGGGACGGCGCACGAGUCGCUCGUCGGCACCGUCGCCGGGGGCGCGGUCGGCAUGUCGCCCUCGCCAUCACGCGGCGGGGCGGCUGCGACCCCACCACCUCCGCCCCCGCCUCCCCCACCUCCUCAGGAGGAGGAGGUGACCCCACCUGUCAAGGCAUACGCCGAUGAGGUUGGCGAGGCAGUCAAGGAGUUCGAGGCGAACGCGAAGAAGGUCGGCGGGCUGGUUGAGCAGGCUUCCGCCCUCAUCCCGCCCCUCGUCGACGCGCAGUACGCCUACCUCAAGAUGGCCUCUGCGCACUGCAAGCCGGCCGCAGCACCUGCAGCUCAGGGCCUUCUCAAGCCGCAGGCGGACGCGAUCGGCGCCAUCAUCGAGGCCAAGGACAAGCUCGGCCGCACCAAGGACGGGCGCGAGUGGGGGGCGGCGCUCUCCGUCCUCGGCGAGGGUGCAGCGGCGUGGGGCUGGGUCCAGGUCGAGCCUGCACCGGCGCCGUUUGUGGGCGAGAUGAAGAACUCGGCCCAGUUCUGGAUCGACCGCGUCAACAAGCAGUUCAAGGAGACCAACCCUGACGCUGUUACAUGGGCGCGCUCCUUCGGUGCAAUCAUCGAGGCGCUGCAGAAGUAUGUCAAGAAGUGGCACACCACAGGUGUGGUGUGGAACCCCAAGGGCGCCCCAGCCCCCGCCACAGUCCCCUCUGCUUCGUCGGCUCCUAACGGAGCCGCUGGCGCUCCCCCGCCCCCUCCACCACCGCCUGCAGCUGCCGCCGGCGCCACGCCAGCCAAGUCGAGCGGCGGUGGCCACUCCGCGCUCCUGGCCGACCUCAACCGCGGCUCGGGUGUGACUUCCGGCCUCCGCAAGGUCGACGCGUCGCAGCAGACGCACAAGAACCCGGAGCUGCGCACAUCUGGCGCUGUGCCUGACCACACAUCGCCAAAGAGACCAGGGCCGCCGCCUACCAAGCCCAAGCCCGCCUCAUUCAGCAAGACGCCGCCUAAGAAGCCUGCACGCACCGAGCUUGAGGACGGCAACAAGUGGAUUAUCGAGAACCACGAGGACAACAAGCAGAUUGUUAUAGAGGAAACCGCGCUGCACCACACCGUGCACCUGUUUGGGUGCAAGAACAGCGUGGUGCGCAUUGCGGGCAAGAUCAAUGCUGUGACGAUGGUGAACUGCAAGAAGACGUCGCUGGUUGUUGACACGCUCGUCUCGUCGCUGAGCAUCACCUCGUCGCCCUCGUUUGAGGUCCAGAUUACGGGUCUCGUACCCACGAUCCAGGUGGACUCCACCGACUCUGGGCAAGUGUACCUGUCCAAGGGGUGCAUGGACACUGUUGAGAUCAUCACGGCCAAGACCUCGGCGAUCAACAUUUCCAUCCCGACCAGCGACGACGGGGACUACGCCGAGCGGCCGAUCCCCGAGCAGAUGAAGAGCCGCGUCGUCAACGGCCGCCUUGUCACAGAGAUCGUCGAGCACGCCGGUUAGGUUGUACAGAAUGCAUGCAAUUACACAGCCCCCGCCGCGCGGUAAAGGCUGACCUUUUUGUCGUCGCCCGCGAUGGCGAACUGCUUCCCUGCGGGCAGGGCGCCUUCGUACUCGCCCUGCCAGGCCACACCCCACACCUCAGCCUCGGCCGUGCUGGUG